AAAAGGAUGUGUUAAUUAAUAACACAUUUUUUGUGUUAUGGCUAUUUUAACACAUUUUGUGUAAUUUUAAGUUGAUCAUGUGUAAAAAGAAAAGGAUAGAGAGAGAGAGAAACAACACAGUGCGUCCAACACAAUAUGUGUUAACUAUCAUCCAAUCACAUUGCUGCAACGUCACUCCGCGCCUCAAGAAGCAAGUUCGCGCCUCUUUUUCCAUAGAUGGACGACUUGGAUGCACACGUCAGGUAUUUCGGUUUAUUUUUUAUUAGAAAUUGUCAAAUAUAAGUUGUCAAAUGUAUUUUAUUGUUAUUUUUUUAGACGGUCAAAUGUGCAUUUAGUUAGCGACCUCUAACGUUACUGUGUGCGGGUAUUUUCCGUUUGGCCCGAGAGGCAGUGUUGAACAAGGCAGCAACCGCGUCUGAUAGUUAACGUUAGUGCUUCACAAAUUAUUUUUAAUUCUCCUCACACACUUUGGUAAGUUUGUCCCUCACUCUCUGGAGAGAACUCGUUUUUAACGAGUAUUGUUUUUCUUUGUUUGAUUUGUUGCAAAUGGCAUGAUGUCUGAUAAAACGCUGCAGCUCGUUAACAGGUUUGACAAAGUGGUAACCAUUGCUAUCUGUCGCAUCUCUUUCAUUAAACAACAGAAUUUAUUAAUGUGUAGUUAAAUGCCCUUAAAUAAUAAUAUGAUUUAUCAAGGUAACGGUAAAAAUUUGAUUGACUUCGACAUUCGAGUACGUUACGUUACGUCUUAAUUUAAAAAAGGAUGUGUUCAUUUGACUAUUUUAACACAGUUUGUGUCAUUUCGUGUACGUAAUUGACACAAAUUGUGUAAUGAUAACACAUUGGUGUGUAGAAAAUUAGCAGAAAUAACACCUUGUUGAGUUAAAAGUAACACAAAAUGUGUUGUCCUCAACACAGGUUGUGUUGUUUUCAACAUCAUUUUAAGAGAAGCGCAGAUCCCUGGGGUGCUCAGGGUCUCGCGCUCCCCCGGGAUGGUCACUUCUCUUAAAAUAUAAAAAAAAAAUCGAGAGUGCAUUGUAAUUUGAGACAAACAGAUUCGGAAUCGCGUACUAGCACACUACUUUAAAUUUUUUUUUUUUUAACCAUAUACCAAUAUAUGGCAGAAAUAGUUAAAGUAGUAUGAAGUACCCAAUUCAGGAAGACUCUUCAUUGAAAAUGAACGACAGGUUUUCGGAGAUCAAAAGAUUGCUUUAGGUUUAUCUCGGAAAUGUAUUAUGUUAGCUUGAUGUUUUCGUAAAUAAAUGGAUAUUGUUCAUUCUAACACAGCUUGUUAACUACUCCUUUACAUUAUGAAUGUGAAUACUAUGCUUAAUCAAUAUAUGUAACAUUAUAUAACAGAUUGGUGUUUUUGUUUGCCCUUUUGCAGCUUCAAAUGGAGGACACUCCAAAAACACUGGUGGCUGUACUACUUGAUGAAAAGGAGAUAUGCAAAAAAUUGCAGCAUCUCAAGAGUGCAGCAGAAAUAAUUGAUGCUUCCAAAUGUCUCCUCCCCUGUGCUGCAGAGUACCACCGAAUUUUAAAAUUUAACGCUGAUUUUAAUGAAUUUAUUGACACAGACCUAACUGAGAAAGUGGAAACCUUGGACAAGUUUCAAGUUUUGUUUAAGUCGAUUAAGAGAAGUGGAUCAGGAUCACGUGCAUUGGAUGAAAUAUUGGAUGUAGAUGCAGCCAGUCCAAGUCAUCAACAGAAUGUAUGUUCAUGGAGGACUUGCAUAUACAUCAUUACUUGUAAUAUACUUGAACAUAUUUUAACUUUUUUAUUUUUAUUUUUUAUUUUUGAAGUUGCACCAAAGAACACACAUGAAGCUGGUCCAAGUAGUCAGCAGAAGAAACUAAUCGUCUGUACACUUGUAUCACAUCAACGUAAUAUAAUUGAUGUAGACACAAUGCGAGCACUAAUUGAAAGCAAAGGUCCGAGUGUAUAUAAGGAUUAUGAAGCUUCAGGAAUGCUUUCAGAGACAUCAAGAAAGCUCCUUGUGAAGAUAGGGGUCAGUGCGUUGGUGGAACAAAGUGGAUUUUACCCUUGUAAUGAAGAGAAACGGAUGUUGGCAGAAAGUGUGGUAACACUCUUUCCUUCUCUGAAGAUCAAGAUGGGAGAAGAGAAUGAAGGAUUUGAACAUUUCUAUGACCCAGUCUCCCACAGUGGAUUUAUUGAGAUGAGACUUCGAAAUCUACGGAGGAAACUUCAUGAUGAUCAGCGUCGCUACCAGCGCAAACGUAGUCGAUUCAGUGAUUCCUCUGGAGUGUCUAUCACUUUGGAGGUACCUGCUGAAGGAGAGGAGGAGUCCUCUCGGGAGUGGACGACUGUGAUCAAAAGGAUGAAACCAUCUCCAGAAAACCUCAAUACCAUCAAAUUGGGCAUGGAGAAAACGUACAGUAAUCGCAGGUUAUGGGUCGCAAACAAGUCCCCAACAGUGAAAGAGAUUUUUGAACAAUAUCCUCGUUGUAGACAUGCUAUACUUGGUAAGGACUUGUGUUUUGCAUGGCUUUUCCUUAUAGCUAGGUAUGAAUAGACUUGUCAGCAAAGGGACAUGGCUGGUAGAUAUUAAGUCCACAUGAAUUCAAAAUGUUUUUGU